AUGUCGUGCAAUUUUGACUGCUCGGCUCCCACCCCCUUAUCCCCAAACAGCGAUAUCACUGGGAUUGGGAUCAUUAUCAACAAUAUCGUGACUACCGGCAUCGCUGUAGUGAUCAUUUCAAUUUACCACUUCACUGCCUACGAUCCCAUCCACGACCUGUCUCAUGAUGGUCAAACUCCGUUUCGACCCAACCCAGUGGACGUAUCCUCUUUAGCAUUGUUCAAAUCAUACCUAAGCCCUUUCGUCAAAAUUGCUAGGAGCAAAAGAUUUGCGAAUGUCCUAAUCAAGUGCAUCCGAGCAAUGAGCGAUAUGCAAAUCAUGACAGGCUUUUUCCUCCUGAUCAGCGGGUAUUCCCAGCUCAAAUGCGGCUUGGCAACCUAUCAUUGGCUAGUCGUUGUUGACCAGGCCUGGCUUUCCUGCCUAGUCCAGUUAUCCUGCUUAACGCACCUACGCAGUUAUUUCCACAACCGCCCUAUCGAGCGGACAUUACGGUUACUAGCAGCCGGUGUAUCUACGAUAAUGUUGAUCGUGGGGCUUAGUUUCACGGGAAACUACGAUUGGGCCUUUCACGCAGAUAGUAGCGAUCCUGAUCACCCGACGAUUAGUGACCCUGCAAUCUGUUAUAUGCGCGCUCGUCCGGCGAUGAAUUCGGCCUUUUUUUCGAUGCCUUUCUCGAUAAUUUUGAUUAUCUUUGGAUUUGCUUCGAGGGUGAUUAUCCUCUACGAUACGCUUUCAGUUAGCGUUGUUAGAGCUAGAACUUCCCUUGCAGGACAUAUACGAGGGUUAUUACGCAUUGUGUAUAACUGGAGCCGGGCGUCUCGCUCGCCACGAAGUCUGAAAUUGACACUUGGAUAUCUCCCCCUCUUAGCUAUAUACCUCACGGGGUCUGUGUUUGUGGAUGUGUGGGAUUCCGCUGCUAUAGAGGUCGUCUGGUUAAUCAUCGCCUUUGCAUUCGGUAUCACCCGAGUGAUAGGAAUAAUACAUCGACCGGAAAAGAUGGGCCUCGACGCUUCGUUGACUAGUUUCAAUGAUUGGUCGUUUGGCCAAGUUGGUGCUAUGGUGGUACUAGCCGCACCGCUUAUCACACUCAUCGGGUUGUUCUACGAGGAAGACGAGACUCGUGUACAGGAUGAGGAACCUCUCUCCGACAGCCAAACCGCACCACCGCCGGAACUCCCUGCCCCUUCUAUAUCAAACGUAACCACGGACCUCAAUGAUCCCUUUAAGGAUUGGAUCUCGCACUCCCAAAUAUUCUAUCUGGUCGACGGACAUAUAUUCACAAUGAUCAUAAGUGUUUUCUUCUGGAUGGCAGAGCGUGAUCCUUUCGGCAAGAUAAAGAAGACAUUAUUAGAGGAUAUUCUCGUCUCCUCGGGUAUCAAGAUGGUUGUACCCAUUCUUUUCUCUUUGAUGGUGGAGACUAUCUUUGCGGAAGCUGGCCCUACUAGUAUUUCUUACAACCUUGCGCAAGUUGUAGUAAAGCUGCACAGCCUGAGCUGCCUGACGUUUUUCAGUGUCUCCAGUUCUACGAAGAUUACUUAUUGUCUCCUGCCUAUCCUUGUUAUCUGGGCUUUGGCGCAUCGCUUCUAUCCCUUUUUUCAAGCUUUAUUCUCGUCGAAGUUGCUGGCCUUUCUGCGGUUGUCAUGA